CAGCGGGUGGGGCCAGCUCGCCCCGGGCCGCCCGCGCGCGGGGUGUGUGAGGACGAGCUCUCCGUCGCUGAGUGCCAGAGCUGGGGAGCAGUUGCUGUGGUACCUACUGCUACCUGGGCAGGCGCUGGGCAUCGGACAUCAGGCGCGGGGCGCUGCGGUGCGGGACGGGUAGGUGAAGUCAUGACGUCCACCAGUGAAAAUGUGCUAUUUGGAAUGGGGAAUCCUCUUCUUGACAUCUCUGCUGUAGUAGACAAAGAUUUCCUUGAUAAGUAUUCUCUGAAACCAAAUGACCAGAUCUUGGCUGAAGACAAGCACAAGGAACUGUUUGAUGAACUUGUAAAAAAAUUCAAAGUUGAAUAUCAUGCUGGUGGCUCUACGCAGAAUUCAAUGAAAGUGGCUCAGUGGCUGAUUCAGGAGCCACACAAAGCAGCAACAUUCUUUGGAUGCAUUGGGAUAGAUAAGUUUGGGGAGAUCCUGAAGCGUAAGGCUGCUGACGCACAUGUGGAUGCUCACUACUAUGAGCAGAACGAGCAGCCAACAGGAACUUGUGCUGCGUGCAUCACUGGUGGCAACAGGUCCCUCGUUGCUAACCUUGCAGCCGCCAAUUGUUACAAGAAAGAGAAGCACCUUGACCUGGAGCGGAACUGGGUGUUGGUAGAGAAAGCCAGAGUUUACUACAUAGCUGGCUUUUUUCUCACAGUCUCCCCAGAGUCGGUAUUGAAAGUGGCUCGCUACGCUGCCGAGAACAACAGGGUCUUCACUUUGAACCUGUCUGCACCGUUCAUUAGCCAGUUCUUCAAGGAAGCCUUGAUGGACGUCAUGCCUUAUGUUGAUAUCCUCUUUGGAAAUGAGACGGAAGCUGCCACUUUUGCUAGAGAGCAAGGCUUUGAGACGAAAGACAUUAAAGAAAUAGCCAAAAAGGCGCAGGCUCUUCCAAAGGUGAACUCGAAGAGGCAGAGGACCGUGAUCUUCACACAAGGGAGAGAUGACACCAUAGUGGCUGCAGAAAAUGACGUCACUGCUUUUCCUGUCUUGGAUCAAAACCAGGAAGAGAUCAUUGACACCAAUGGAGCUGGGGAUGCAUUUGUUGGAGGCUUUCUGUCUCAACUGGUCUCUGACAAGCCUCUGACUGAGUGCAUCCGCGCCGGCCACUAUGCAGCAAGCGUCAUCAUUAGACGAACUGGCUGUACCUUUCCCGAGAAGCCAGACUUCCACUGAUGGAAGAAAGAAAACUCAGGCUGUGGAGUGGAGACUGCAGUGACCACAUCCUGAGCGUUCCUGCCAUAAGAAAGAAUAGAGUUAUCCUCUGUCUUUGCCCACCAUGGUUCUCAUUAGUAACUUAGAGGGCUCAGUGCUACUCCUAGGACCUUUAGUCUCUGAAAUCUGGGAAAAAUGUUUAUUUGCAUAGUUUGUUAGUGCCUCUUAAAUGUCAAACAGGAAUACAUUUCAGUAGAAACUUUAAUUUCAUUUUCAAUUGUUUGUAAAUUCAUCAGUAUUUAGUAAAUUGAUCUUUUUUUUAUAUUUCUGCUUCCAAUGCAGGUGCAAUUUAAUAUAAUAGACUUUUUAAAGAAAUUAAUGCUAACAUCAUUCUUGAGCUUUUUAUAUAAAUAUAUUUAAUUUGGAAGCGUGUGUGUGCACAUGUCAUAUAUAUAUAUAUAUACCCGAUAAUUGUCAGAUAAGGCACAGAAAUGUUCAGCACACCAAUUAUUCCUUAUAAGCUCUUCCAUGUGCUUCUGAUGGACUUGGGGCAGCUGACCAACCCGCAACAUUUGCAUUAUGUUCAGACUGUAACCUGCUUAAUGAUGGUACUCUAUAAUUUGAUACAAAUAAAAAAAUUGCUAUAUA